AUGGUUGAACUCGUCGCCGAUGGCUCCUCCUCGUCUCCUCCUCCCUCGUCACCGUCGCCACCACGACCGCCGAUUGUGACUCCCCUCAUCGCCGACCCUUCACCUCCGCGGGAGAGACGCACGCCGCGCCACCCACCGUCGCCUCCACCUGAAAUCGACAACCCACCGUCGCCUCCUCCACCAUCCAAUGUUGCGCCACCGUCACCACUAGCGAGGAUGAUCGACAUCAACCAACUACCACCAUCAUCGCCACCCACUGUUUCGAGCCCUAAUUUGGGCAAUGAGGUACACCCUGUUUCACGACUUCAUGAACUGGUGGAAGGUUUAACAACCUCCGAUUCAUCUGAGGAUGAGCAUUUUAUUCCACCAUGCUCUCCCUCCACUGUAUUGAGUCCACCAAAAAUAUACUUGCUUACUUGGUACAAUCACCCCUGCACACGAAUGCCCACUGUUUUGACCGAUCCCAUACCCCACACUGGUGAGGAUGAAUCGGUUGGGCUUGAGGACAUUGAUUUAAAUGAAAUGGAUGAGGACAUUAGUACACCACACAGUGAGCAUGAUCAUGAGGCUAAUGUAGAACCUGAUGAAGAAACUGUUGUAGAGGCUGAUGUAGAGCCUGAUUUGGAAGCCGAAGUACGGAAUUUGACCUCAAUCCCUACUAGAAAGAGGAAGGGAUUGAGACGGAUUUUCGCUACAAGGUCAAAGGUUGUGCAUAGUCAGCCUUUAAAAAAGAGACCAAGAUGA